GAUAAAACCGAGCUGCCACUUAAGGGAAGCUCUCAUUCACUCACAAACCUCUGAAGCCCAAAGUAAACAACGCUUGGGCUGGAUGGCAGCGGUCGACAGGUGGAGGGAAUAAGGUUUGGAUUUCUUGCACUUUGCAGAUUUAAAAAAAAAAAAAAAAAAAAGCACAAGGCAGGUAUUUCUGCUCAGGCUGUUUUUGGCGUGGCUCCUGAAACUUUGUUUCACCAAGAAGAGUCGAGCCCUGAAGCGCAGCCCGGCUCCCAGCGGACUAUGAACGGGCUGUCGAACCCAGCGACCAGGGCCCAGGAGCAGCCCCUCCCCCAUCACCGCGUCCCCGGCUCAGCGCAGGACCCGCCCCGCCGCCCCGCCGGGUUCCACCCGAGCCCCCGCCUCCACCCCGCCGCCGCGCUCGCCCUCCACGGCGCCCACAGGCCGACCAAACCUCAGAGAGAGCUGAGCGCCGAGGAGCAGCAGGAGCUCAGGAGGAAGAUCAACAGCCGCGAGAGGAAGCGCAUGCAGGACCUGAACAUCGCCAUGGACGCCCUGAGGGAGGUCAUGGUGCCUUACGCCGCCUCGCCGUCAGCCGCCUCGUCCCCGCCGACCCACCAGCACGGGGCCCCCCCGGGCCGAAGGCUCUCCAAGAUCUCCACCCUGGUUCUGGCCAGGAACUACAUCCUCCUUCUCAGUUCGUCCCUGCAGGAGAUGCGGCGGCUGCUGGGGGAGGUGAGCGUCGGGAUGGGGGUGAGCGCGGGGCCGGCGCCCCGCCUGCUGCUCACCGGAGGGUGGCCCCUCAUAUCGGGCCCCAGUCAGCUGCUCCUCACCCAGGAGUCCCUCCUCAACGCAGCGGCCUCCUCCUCCUCUUCGUCCGCUCCGUCGUCGUCUGCUGCCAAAUGUCCGCUGCUGUCUCCGGGCCCCAUGGAGGCGGCACUGGCUCCUGUGCACUGGGGCUCUGCGGGGGCCUCGGGGGGGCCCCUGUGCCCCUGCGGGGUCUGUAGACUGCCCAGAUUCAGCCACUCCGCUCCCGCUCCGAGAUUCACAAAGUGACACGUUUCAAUUUAAGAGACUUCAUGACUGUUCUGAUCUUCUUUUUUUUUAUAAAUGAAUUGCUAUUUUUCUAACAGUUGUAAUUUCUGGUUUCAUAAUAUUUUACUGCAACAACUCACACUUUCCUAACCUGAUGGAUCAACUGUGUAUGUGGGAAGCUAGAUUGUGUUGGAAGCCAACAUAAUAGUGGCCUUUUUGGAUGGGAGACAACAUACCAAGUAUUAAUCCUCUUGUUUCAUGAGCAGAGAUCUGUGGGUUACUUUAACGCUUCUUGAAGAAAGUGUGGGCUGUGAUGAUUGUGAUGAUUGUGAUGAUUGUGAUGAUUGUGUUGUGGUGGCGUUUGAUUGAGGUGAGGUAGCUUCUUGGUUGAAAAGAAGGUGACAAUAUCAGGAAAUGGAAUAAAAGUUAUAGUAUAAUAUUUGACAGCAGUGAAAAGCAGAUGGACAUGGACUCAUCCUCAGCUCUUUGGAUGAGUUCACAUGAGAGAUUUUUGUUUUUGUGUUUUUUUUUCUGUGCUUUUCUAACUGGUUUAAAAUGGGCUGGCUCACAUAAUAAAAGUCACACUUGUCCUUACUCUGUAGAAAAUAUGUUAGCCUGCUCUUUUCUUGGUGUAAUUAAGCGAAUAUAUGAUUUUUUUAACAUACAAUUACUGUACAAAAAGUGACAUCACAUCACACAUAUUUAUUUUUAAAUAACAGAGGAAUCCCAGGAACUACAAUUGGUCCUUUUUAAACAAUCCUGUCUUAGAAAUGACAUUUGGAUGAUUGUUAUUUCCAAAUUCUGUACAUUCUAAUGAGAAUCCUCAUUGCCGUUUUGAUUAUCUUUCGUUCCAUCCAAUAAGUGAACCAAAAAAAUGUUCCAUUUACAUUACAUCACAUCCUUUGACAGCACUGAUUAGGAAAGCAGAAGUCAUUUGGUCAAGGUAAUCAAAUAGUUAAUAAGCACGUCAUGUGUUGACCUUUAACUAUGUGCUGUGAAUGCACUUUGCAAGUGAAUAUUUUACUGACAUUCAUUUUGAAAAAUUGGCAAAUACGUUAAUAAUGUGUCCAUUCAGUUAUUAUAUCAUUCUAAAAUGAUUCAGUGGUGCUUUUACACUCUUCCUUAAUUGUAUUAUUGCAAAGUCAUUUCCUCAUAGUUUGUAAAGAUUAAGCCAUCCCUUUUUGUCACUGUCGUAUUGUCCUCACUCGUGUAAAGUAAAGAAAGUAAAGACGUCCCUUAUAGAGGUCUUUUAUCCGCUCAGUGCAGGAUCUGC